CAUUGUGCGUCGCUUAUCUGAAAAGGUCUGUUUUGGGUUUGAUUUUCAUGUUGCUGUUUUAUAACGAGUUUUAGCCUCAUGAAUAACUGAAAGAACUCAAAAGGAAAUUUGUCAUUCUUGAACUCGGAACCAUCGAGAUGGCAGCCCGAAGCGCAUAGCAGACAAAUAAGUAUACAGUUAAUUUGCGUUAACUGACAUAGAAGAGAGCACUUGACAGAAGGCGGCCUCCAAACGAUACCGUUUGGGAUUUUUCUUUUUACAAAGGCCACUGGAUACACAUUUGAGACCAAAAGGAAAUCUACCGCCGAGUACAGACGUAGACGGUGAAAUGAGAAGCUAAACCGACCACUGGCAGACAACGGUUCUGUCUACGCUGGAUGUGGCAAAAUAAAUUGAAGACGAGAAGCAGAGAAUGCAAAGACUUUUUAAGGCCACUGUCUUUACAGUUUUGUGCUGCUCCCUUAUCCCAACGUCAGAGAUGGCACAGGCGAGGGCUGGAUGUGAUCAAAAUGAGCUUAAGACCAGGGUCAACACAACCGACAGGCUGAUAGCUUUCAGGACAGCUCUAUCAAGUAUACAUGCAGAUUCCAAACAGCUGGCAGCUUUUAUAGUUUUUUCAGGAGACGCCCACAAUAGUGAAUACCCAACAAAACAUGACAAGAGACGAGAGUUUAUUUCUGGCUUCGAAGGUUCAGCAGGUACUGCUGUGAUCACCAGAACACAGGCUGCCCUGUGGACAGAUGGGCGAUACUUCCUGGAGGCGGAGGAAGCACUGGACUGUAACUGGGUUCUCAUGAGACAAGGUGAACCAGGAACGCCGUCAAUACCUGGAUGGCUGAACUCUGUAUUAAACGCUAGUGACUACGUAGGCGUGGACGAGAGCUUGAUCACUCAUUACACUUUCACCCUGAUUCAAGGGAGCCUAUUAUCAAUGUCAAACAAACUGGAGCUUAAAGCUAUCAACAGUAGUUUGAAUCCAGUUGAUACGGUCUGGAGAGAUCAACAACCAGCACAGCCGAAGGAAAUCAUCAACGCUUUAGAUGUCAAGUUUGCGGGAAUCAGCUGGCAAGGGAAACUAGCCAAUCUGAGGGCCAACAUCACAUCACUUGGUGCGGGAGCAUUUGUUGUAACAUCCCUGGAUGAGAUCGCUUGGCUAUUCAACCUGAGAGGCAGUGAUGUGGAGUAUACACCAUUCUUCCUGGGCUACGCAGUGGUCGAGCCGUCCAGUGUCAGGUUGUAUAUUCUGGACAAAAACACGAGACUCAACGCCACGCCCACAGAUGACCAGACCGAGACCAAACUUCACGUUCAUUUAAACACCGGAGUGGAUGGCGCGUGCAGCAGCGCUGAUUGUGUUCAGGUACUUGAAUACAAUCUAGUCGACCUCGAAGCAUAUUUAAGGGCCCUGGCUGAGACGACCAUUGUUUUGGUCACCUACCACGCCAACUACGCCGUGUACCAGGCCGUUAAGAACAAUGUCACAGUUCGCAGCUCGCCCAUAGAGAUAGACAAAGCCAUUAAGAACCCUACAGAACGUGUUGGGAUGAAGAACGCAUAUAGGAGAGACUCUGCAGAACUUGUCAAAUUUCUCGCAUUCCUUGAGAACGAGGUCAAAUCUGGCAGAGAUUGGACAGAAGUAUCCGCUGCUCAAAGGCUGGACAACCAAAGGAAAACGCUGCAGUACAACAGAGGAGUGAGCUUCCCUACCAUCGCUGGCUUUGGAUCCAACGGAGCAAUCAUUCACUAUAUGCCGCUGCCUAGCACAAACAAGCAAAUAACUACAGACUCUUUUUUUCUCUUGGAUUCUGGCGGUCAAUACUUGGACGGAACCACAGAUGUCACAAGAACCAUGCAUUAUGGGAACCCUUCGGACUACGAAAAGGAAUGCUACACUCGUGUGUUAAUGUCCAGUAUCAACCUGGCCAUGAUAAAAUGGCCUCAAGGACAAAGAGGCGGUGUUCUGGAUACGGUGGCUCGCAAUCCACUUUGGCAGGUUGGUCUGGACUAUCGCCACGGCACCGGUCAUGGCAUAGGAGCGUACUUAAGUGUACAUGAAGGACCAGGAGGCAUAAAUGUGAACAGUAACUCUGACCCGGCCCUGAAACCAUAUGAGUUUUAUUCAGAUGAGCCUGGUUACUAUGAAGAUGGAAAAUUUGGCAUUAGACUAGAAACCGUUGUUACUGCAGUCCCCUAUCAAACAAAAUAUGAGUUUGGCAGAUCUGGCUACCUACAAUUCGAAGCAGUCACUUUAGUUCCUUUUGAGCUAGAUUUGGUUGAUUUUACUUUAAUGAAUAAAGAACAAAUGGAGUGGCUCAACAAUUACAACUCACAAAUAAAAAGAGAAAUUCUUCCGUUACUUGGAAACGACGAGCUGGCCAUCAAGUGGCUGAAUGACCGGACACAAUUGAUAAACUUACGACAGAUCUUCGGCCUUAACAGUGGCAGCACCAUAAGUUGCUCUUGGGGCAUUUUGAUCUUAAGCUUAAUCGUGGUAGUAAAGUUCCUCCAGAGUUCUUUUUGUAGGACGUAAUUACUCAGUACUGCUAGCAGACUAUAAUGUAAUCGAUACUGCUAGCAGACUGUAUGAUAUCGAUACUGCUAGUAGACUACAAUGCUAUCGAAACUGCUAGCAGAAUACUAUGUUAUCAAUAUUACUAGCGUACCUUAAUGGUAUCGAUACAGCGAUUAAACGAUAAUGAUCAUAUGUAUAGUGUGUUUUCAAUGAGAUUUUAACAAAUACAUAAAUGUAAACUCGAGCUUUGAAAUUGAGUUUUAACAAAAAUAGCCCUAACUUGACAACUUCAACACAAAGAAAUAAAAAGAAAUUGGUCUUUCGACUUUCUUUAACUUUAACUAGCCCAGAGUCUUCGUCUGUAAGUCUAAUUUAUGACAUUCAUAAAUUUUUCAUUGAACAUAAAAAAAAGUUCAAGAAAGUUCAUUAUAAAAUGUUCAUUUCCAUGUCUUGAUCAUAAAGAAUGAAUAACAUCGAAGUAUUGUUUUGCAAAAAUAUGGUAUACAUUUUGGUAGAGACUUUUAUACAUUUUCAACGUAUACAGUUUUCAUACCUGAUUUAGCAACUUUAUUAAAGAUAAUGAUUACUUUUGAUCAAAAAGGCGUUCCUUAAUUAAACAAGUAGUUACCAGC